UAGCGACUGUUAUUUUGAAACUAUCGGCUCACUAAAAACCGGAAGUCGACUUUGAAAUUGGCAGAAGCGAAGCGGCUGCUAUUUGGUGCGAACGGAAGAAGCAGCGAGGCGCAACCGAUCGGACCCCGCCUGACUCUCUCUGUCUUUCAAAUUGAUCAUCAUGAGUACAGAGCUCAGCACAGACAUUAAUAUCAAGGAACCACGAUGGGAUCAAGGGACAUUCAUUGGGAGAGCCAAGCAUUUCUUCACUGUCACUGACCCCCGAAAUAUCCUGUUAUCCACGGAACAGCUGGAGUCAGCGCGACAAAUCAUUCAGGAUUACAGGCAAGGAAUCGUGUCUCCAGAACUCACAGAAGAUGCGCUGUGGAGGGCAAAGUACAUCUAUGACUCCGCCUUUCACCCGGACACGGGGGAGAAGAUGAUCCUGAUUGGUCGGAUGUCUGCGCAGGUUCCCAUGAACAUGACCAUCACAGGAUGCAUGAUGACCUUCUAUAAGUCAACUCCAGCAGUCGUCUUCUGGCAAUGGAUCAAUCAGUCUUUCAACGCAAUAGUCAAUUACACCAACAGAAGUGGCGAUGCCCCUAUAACCGUCAGUCAGCUCGGUACCGCGUAUGUGUCCGCCACCACAGGCGCCGUCGCUACAGCUUUAGCGCUAAACGCACUAACCAAGCAUGUCUCACCACUUAUAGGCAGAUUUGUUCCAUUUGCUGCCGUAGCUGCUGCAAACUGCAUCAAUAUCCCAUUGAUGAGGCAAAGAGAACUUAAACACGGUAUUCCAAUAACGGAUGAGAACGGAAACAGGUUAGGGGAGUCUAAAAAGGCCGCCCAGCAAGCCAUCUCACAGGUGGUGGUGUCCCGAAUCCUCAUGGCCUCCCCAGGAAUGGCUAUUCCGCCAUUCUUGAUGAACACCCUUGAAAAAAGAGCAUUUCUAAAGAGGUUUCCGUGGAUGAGUGCACCCAUUCAAGUGGGACUGGUAGGGAUCUGCCUGGUGUUCGCCACUCCGCUCUGCUGCGCCUUGUUUCCACAGAAGAGCUCGAUGUCAGUGAACCGCUUGGAGCCUGAGCUCCAGGCGAAGAUCAAGGCCAGUUACCCAGAGGUAGAGAGGGUUUACUUCAACAAAGGCCUGUGACGACCAGGCCACGUCAUCCUGGUCACCAUCCCAAACCACCCCCAGCACAGCAUGCCAUCCAACGUGCCAAAGUCCCCUCUUCCGUUUCUCCUGGAUUCAUAUGGACCUCAGUGAUUUCUCCCUGUAUUUCAACCUGUAACACGUCUGAUUUUCUUUAAUAUUUGUUUUCAACCUGGAAUUUUUCUGUGCCAUGUUCUUCGUGUGAUAUUCCACAUACCGCAUGCUACGCGGUUGGCUCAUUCCUCUUCCCACAUUUUCCUCCCUGUUUGAAAUUCAUUCUUUAAAUGCAGAUAUUAGUGCUGGUCUGUUGGUGUCUCCCAAAGCUGUUGGAAAUGUGGAUUUCUGACAAGGUACCUUAGGGGGUCUCCUGUUCUACUCGAUUUUAGAAGUGCAAUUUCCACGACAAAACAGGCCGGGCAUCAUCUCCCUGUGUCUUACGCUGUGUUUUACUGCCAAAAUGUUUUCCUCAUUUUCUUUAAGGCCCUUCCUCUGGGUCCUUACUGAAAUUAGGAAUUUUACUCAAGUACAGUCUACGAAAUAUAUACAAUUUAUCUGCAAGUGAAUUCUCUAACGAUGCGUAUGAACAAAGACCGUUCAUGAUGUACAUAUAGCACUACUGUGUGUAUUUAUGGCCUUCAAGAACAAACUGCAAACGGGAGAAAAUGCAAAUAUAAAAUAUACAUAUCCUGUGUAUAGAUCGGAGGUCCUGGAUGGUGAUAAGCAAUUUUUGCAUAAUCUCUGGUUUUCACCAAUAAAACAGGUGCUUUAUGACUUGUGUCACAA